GUGAGUGUGUCACAGCUGGAAAGUCAGAGUUUCGUAGUUUCAGUGUUGUCUGUUGGGUUCUUUCUGUGUUAGUGGUAUUGCACUGGAACAACGCAGAGGGAGAAAAUGCAAGCAUCAAUUGCAUGCUCUCCACGUUCAAAUGGGUUUCUCAAAGUCAAAGUGCAAUCACACACCAACCUUGUUCCAGCAAUCGUGUCCUUCAAACCUAACUCUAUUUUGAGUCGAACCAAAUCAUCUUCUCAACUCACAACAGGAUGCAAAUUUCAACCUCAAACAUUGCUAAACCCUUCCACAUCAAAAUCACUCAUUUUCUACAGCUCUAACCUUGGACCACUUCGGUGCGGCAUUUCGUCGAACGGGUACGGCGCAAAUGAAGGUAGGAGUCUUCGGGAGUGGGUUGAGUUGGCUGGUGAGGCCCUAUCAACAGCAUUUCCAUUGUGGGUAACAGUUGGGUGCGUGUUGGGGUUGGUGAAACCGAGUUCCUUCAAUUGGGUCACUCCCAAAUUGAGCAUUGUGGGCCUCACCAUCAUCAUGCUUGGAAUGGGUAUGACUCUCACUCUUGAUGAUCUUCGUGGGGCUCUUGCUAUGCCUAAGGAAGUCCUCUCUGGUUUUGCCCUUCAAUAUUCGGUUAUGCCUAUAUCUGGAUUUCUUAUAAGCAAAUUCUUAAAUCUCCCAUCACAUUAUGCAGCAGGUUUAAUAUUAGUUGGGUGCUGUCCUGGAGGCACAGCUAGUAAUAUUGUUACAUAUCUUGCACGUGGAAAUGUGGCACUUUCUGUGAUAAUGACAGCUGCAAGCACUCUAUCUGCAGUGGUCAUGACUCCUCUUCUGACAGCCAAACUUGCUGGUAAAUAUGUAGCUGUGGAUGCAGCUGGCUUAUUGAUUUCAACAUUGCAAGUUGUGCUUUUGCCUGUCUUGGCUGGUGCAUUUCUGAAUCAGUAUUUCCAACCUCUUGUUAAAUUUGUCUCUCCUUUGAUGCCGCCCAUGGCUGUUGCAACUGUGGCAAUUUUAUGUGGAAAUGCAAUUGCCCAGAGUUCUUCAGCAAUCCUUAUGUCUGGUGGACAAGUAAUUUUAGCGUCCUCCCUUCUUCAUGCUUGUGGGUUUUUCUUUGGUUACGUAUUUGCAAGAAUGCUUGGGCUAGAUGUAUCAUCAUCACGAACCGUAUCCAUUGAAGUUGGUAUGCAGAACUCAGUUCUAGGGGUUGUUCUGGCUACUCAGCACUUUGGAGAUCCCCUAACUACAGUACCUUGUGCUGUUUCAAGUGUGUGUCACUCAAUCUUUGGUAGUAUCCUUGCAGGAAUUUGGAGACGCUCUGUGCCUGCUGAGAUGAAGGACUGAAAAUAUCUAGCUGGAUGAGCUUUUGCAUGUAACUAGGAUUGUUUCAUUGUUGAAUGAAAUGCACUUUUGAAAACUUUUUUAUAUAGAGAUUAAAUUGAAAAUAAGUGUUUAACAAUGUCU